CAUCGGGAGCAUCUCCCCGUACUUUGUAUUGUUAUUCAUGAAGAUGUUCGCAAUACACGGGAGUGGAGCUGUGAGGUGCGCUCUGUGAAGAGCAAAUUUGAUGAAGUGCGCUCAAUCUUGACCUCCCUAAAAUACCACUGCUCUGUCGACUUUCGUUGCUCGACCCCAAAACAAAAGAAUCCAUGGACGUCACAGAAACGAAGAACGGCAGAGAGCCGACUGAUCCUCUCACUUUCGCUCGAAGUUAUCAAUUGGAGGCACUAGAGAAGGCCAUGAGGGAGAACACUAUUGCAUUUCUUGAGACUGGGUCGGGCAAGACACUGAUCGCGAUCAUGCUGAUACGAGCUUACGCUCAUCAUCUCAGGAAACCUUCUAAGUCCAUUGCCGUUUUCUUAGUUCCAACUGUUGUUUUAGUCGCCCAACAAGCUAAAGUUGUAGAGAUGCACACUGAUUUGAAAGUUGGAAAAUACUGGGGUGAAAUGGGUGUUGACUACUGGGAUGCAUCCGCUUGGAAGGAGGAACUUGAGAAGUAUGAGGUUUUUGUGAUGACACCUCAGAUUUUACUUGAUGCCUUGAGGCAUAGUUUUUUGAAGCUGGAGAUCAUACAACUGCUAAUAUUUGAUGAGUGUCACAAUGCAAGAGGUCGAAGCCCUUAUGCUUGUAUAAUGAUGGAGUUCUAUCAUCGGCAAUUGCAUUCAAAUUCCAUUCAUCUUCCUAGGAUAUUUGGGAUGACUGCUUCCCCUAUAAAGUCUAAAGUUUCAAGCUCUCCAUGUGCCUAUGGAAAACACAUUCUUGAACUUGAGAAUAUUAUGAAUUCAAAGGUAUAUACGGUUUCUAAUGAAUCGGUUUUGGCUGAGUUUAUACCAUUUGCAACUCCAAAGCUGAAAUUCUACAAACAGUUGGACACCCCAUAUUCCUCUUUUCAUUCUUUGGCGCAACAUAUAACGGGUUUAAAAAACAAGCAUGUCAAAUCUCUACGAGAAGACUCUGCAGACGAAUCUUUGUCAAAGAAGAUAUCGAGGUUGUGUGAAAUUUUUUUGUUCUGUUUAGCAGAACUUGGCCUUUGGUUGGGUUUAAAGGCUACUGAGUUCUUGUCUGCUGAAAAUGAAGUAAUUUUCUGGGGGCCUAAGAGGGAUACUGUUGGUGACAGAAUUGUGAGUAAAUUUUGUCAAGAUGUAUUCCAGGUGUUCUCAACAUAUGUACCAUCUGGUCUGAAAUGGUCCAUUGGUGGCAGUGUUAGAGAGAACGUUAAUGUUGGCUUUUUAACUGAUAAAGUCAACUGUCUCAUCGAAUCACUUUUGGAAUACAGCAUGAUAAAGGAUUUAAGGUGUAUAAUAUUUGUUGAGAGAAUCAUUACAGCAAUUGUUCUUCAGUCUCUGCUUAGCCAGUUACCACAGUUGUGCUGUUGGAAAACAGCUUAUAUGGCGGGAAACCAUUCUGGAUUGCAAAGCCAAAGUAGGGCUGAGCAAAUAAAAAUUAUUGAAGCAUUCCAUGUAGGCAAGGUGAACAUUAUUGUAGCAACUCAGAUUCUUGAGGAGGGCUUAGAUGUUCAAAACUGCAAUUUGGUUAUAAGAUUUGACCCUUCAGCCACUGUUUGUAGUUUUAUACAAUCACGUGGUCGUGCUAGAAUGCGGGGAUCGGAGUAUCUAUUAAUGAUCAAGAGUGGGGACGAUUCUACACUCUCAAGAGUUAAAAACUAUCUUGCAAGCGGGGAUAUUAUGCGAAAGGAAUCCUUAAGCCUUUCAUCGAUUCCUUGUGUGCCCUUUGAAAGUGAAAUGUCUAAUGAGGAAUUUUAUCGUGUUGAGGCCACUGGAGCAAUUGUGACUCUAAGUUCUAGUGUUGCUCUGAUUUACUAUUAUUGUUCGCAGCUACCAUCUGAUAGGUAUUUUAGACCAACACCUAGGUUUGUAAUUGACAAGGAAUCCAAGUCUUGCACUUUGCAUCUUCCUUUGAGCUGUCCAAUACAAAGUGUGUUAGUUGAUGGCAAAGCUGAUAUACUGAAGAAAAUUGCAUGUCUUGAAGCAUGUAAGAAGCUUCAUCAGAUUGGUGCUUUAACUGAUAAUCUGAUACCAUAUCUAGUUGUUGAAGAAGCAGAUGCUCAGGAAUUCAGUAAUACAACAUAUGAUGAUGAACAAGUCAAUUAUUUUCCAGCUGAACUGGUCAAUCAUUGUCCAUCUUGUUCUGUGAUUGAGAUGUACCAUUGCUACGUGAUUAGGUUAAAGAAAAAUUUCAAGUAUGAUGUUCCCUUUAGGGAUAUUGCCCUUCUUGUAAGGCAUAAUUUGGGGGCUGAUUUUGAAAAUUUUUAUUUUGACUUGGAAGUUGAUUGGGGUUUUGUCACUGUGAACUUGGUGUACAAUGGUACCAUUCAUCUUAGUCCUGAUCAGGUUCUAAUGGCUAGAAGGUUCCAGAUCACUGUAUUGAGGGUGCUUAUUGACCAUAGUAUGGAUAAAGUGAAGGAUGUGAUGGAUGAAACCUUUCAAAAGCAAAUUCUUCCUAUAGUUGACUACAUACUACUCCCAUUCAGUGACAACACAAAAUGUUUUGAUUGGGAAUAUGUUAUUUAUGAUGGAAAUGAUUGGGGCAAGCAAAUGCAUUAUUGCCGCUGCAGGAGUAAUGUCCAUUGGAUGCAUACAAUAAAUGGUAUUUUCUGCAGAUGCAUGCUUGUGAACUCUCUAGUGUUGACUCCUCAUAAUGGGCAUAUAUAUUGUAUAACUCAUAUCUUAGAUGACUUGGAUGCAAACUCACCUAUGAAAUGCUACAAGUGCAAGAAUGAGGAUGAAGGGGUUCCAAGUUAUAUGGACUACUAUCGAUCUCGGCAUGGUGUUGGCUUACUCUAUGAAAUGGAAUCACUACUCAGUGGUAGGCACAUCUUUACAGUUAAAAAUUGGCUUCAAAGGUCCAAACAUCGAAAGGAAAAAGAGCCUAGUGGUGCUACCGUUGAACUGCCUUCUGAACUUUGUGUGAUCAUUUUGUCACCCCUUCCAAUUGAUAUUCUUCAUUCUUUCUCUUUGGUUCCAUCUAUCAUGCAUAGGAUUGAAUCUAUGCUUCUUGCUCUCAACUUGAAGAAGUUGCAAUUGGAUCACUACAUGCAAAAUGUUAUUAUUCCACUUGAUAAGAUUUUGGAAGCAAUUACCACAAAGAAAUGUGAAGAGCAGUUCUCUUUGGAGUCCCUAGAGACCCUUGGAGAUUCAUUUCUUAAGUAUGCAGUCAGUCAACAGCUCUUCAAAAUUAACAACCAUGACCAUGAGGGCCUUCUUAGUGCUAAAAAAGACAGAAUGGUUUCCAAUGCUACUCUUUGCAAGCUUGGAUGUGACCACAAACUCACGGGUUUUAUCCGUAAUGAACUUUUUGAUCCUAAACUCUGGGCUAUUCCCAAUGACCAUUCUACAAGUCAUGAGUUUGGUGAAGAGUUACUUUCAGAUACGAGAAAGAUCUAUUUUAGAGGAAAAAGACGGAUGAAGAAUAAGGUAGUUGCUGAUGCUGUUGAGGCUCUAAUUGGUGCAUACCUUGAGACAGGUGGUGAAGUGGCAGCUUUAAUUUUUAUGGAUUGGCUUGGUAUUGAGGUUACUUUUGUCCACAUUCCACAUGAGAAGCCAUUUCUAGGAGAUCCAAAGAUGCACAUCAAUAUUAGGCAUAUUGAAUCAUUGCUGAAGUAUUCAUUUCGUGAUCCGUCCUUGCUAGUUGAAGCAUUAACUCAUGGAUCAUACAUGAUUCCGGAGAUUCCAAGAUGCUACCAGCGGUUGGAAUUCCUUGGGGAUUCAGUGUUAGAUUAUCUCAUCACAACAUACCUGUAUAAUAAGUACCCAGGAGCUUCCCCGGGUCUAUUAACUGACCUAAGAUCUGCUUCUGUAAACAAUGAUUCCUAUGCAAAUGCUGCACUAAAGGCAGGGCUGCAUAAACACAUUCUUCAUGCAUCACCAAAGCUCCAUCAACAGAUAUCAUCCAUUCUCAACUAUCAUGAACAAAUAAAUUUGGGCCCGACUAUUGGCUGGGACUCUGAGAUGACUUUCCCAAAGGUACUUGGAGAUGUUAUUGAAUCUUUAGCAGGGGCAAUUCUUGUGGAUUCUGAAUAUAAUAAAGAUGUAGUUUGGAAAAGCAUGCAGCCUCUUUUGGAACCUAUUGUAACACCAGAUACUGUAAAGUUGCACCCUGUAAGAGAGCUUCAUGAGCUCUGCCAGAGACAUUCUUAUGUGAUGAAACCAUACUCUGUUUCAUACAAAGAAGGUUUGGCUUCUAUUACGAUAGAAGUUGAAGCAUAUGGUAUUACAUACAGUCAUACAUGUACUGGGGAGAAUAAGAAGACAGCAAAAAGGCUAGCUUGUAAAGCUGUCUUAGGCUCUCUGAAAGCAAGAAUGCCAAAGAUCUAAGAUGUUAACAAAAUCUAAUUACGUUUCAGUAUGGGAUUAUGCAUGAAUUUAAAUGAUUGGUAUUCAAGUUGCAAAUACAAUCACAUAUUUUCAGUUAAUAUAUGGAGAAUUUGAAUAUUUGUCAUGGAAA